AAUAAUAGUAUUAAAAUGUUUAGUUAAUUUUAUAAAAAGCUUCAGAUGUCACAGAAUUCGAUGAUUAAACAAAAUAAAAUAUUAUUAUUUUGUGAUUUAAACAAAGCUUUUAAUGCUCUAAAUUAAUUUUCUUGGCUCGACGACUGUCCUUGAAUGCAAUCCGGAAUAGAUUUGACAACCUUGUUCCGUGUAGGAAGCCACGCACAAAAUAAAGUUUUCGUACUCCAACGUUGUCUCCGUUGACAGUUAAAAUACCAUAAAACAAGUAAAAAAAAAAAAACCCAGGUUUUUAUAUCUCCAACAGAUUGAAUGCGAAGAAGCAAUGGGAGAAGAAAACAAGAAGAUUACCAAAGAAGAGGUAAUUGCAAAACUCAAGGACGAUGGUGACUUCGACAAGCUCCGUCUCAAAAUCAUCCGCAAGCUCAAGGAAAACGAAGAAUUACGCAACAACAUCAUUGCAGCUGUGAAGCAGUCAGCAGCACUUAACCGUCCAGGUGCUGAAAACAUGAAACUAAGACAACUAUCAGAUGCCAUUCAUGAUGAGAUUGGGAACAAAGUGAUGGGCCAAAUUUCUGAUAGUCUAUGGGAAAUAAUCAGAUCGGAAGGUGGCAUGAGAAGUGAAAUUACAGAAACUGUACUAUCUGUAUACGAUAAAAUAGCUAAUCCUCUAGAGAAAGAAAAGGGUGAAUCAUCCAUGAAUGAUAUGAUGCCUGUUGAAAAGGAAGCUGAGAAUAAUGGUUCCAUUAAGGCCUCAGCUGGUAGAGUUGAUGAUACAUUAUCUGAUGGUGAUCCAAAAGAACCACCGGGUUUCUCUCUGUCAAAUAAUCAUCGCAGCAACCACCAUCGGCAGCAGUACGAGGUAAAGUGGCAGCUUCCUAGGCCUUAUGAUAAUGAACCCGUGGAAAACUGGAAGGAAGAGCUCCACCAUUCACAGCAUGGACAGGACCAAGAUGAUGUUGAUGUUAGUGUGCCACCUGGUUUUUCUGAAGAUGUUGACCAGAAGCAACCAUGUGAUGCCAGUGAUGAGGACCCUGAUGUGCCUCCUGGAUUUGGUUGAUGAGGGACAACUGGCGAGUCAUUUUGCACUUCCAUCUUGCAGCUGUAAUGUGGCAGAGACUAUACAUUGAAUGGGUCAGUAAUGAACUACUGAGACAGUGUACCUUUUUUCUGCUCUAAAAGGCUCUUCUUUCUGUGGCAGUCAGGGAGGGAGCCCCGUAUCUGCUAUGUUUGAUAACCAGAUGCUAUAUUCUUUCUUUAAUGAGUUUUUCUUAUGCCUCUCUUCUUGGUUUGAUCGUGAAUAACUUAUCAUAGCAUUCUUGAGAAUAUGCAAGUGAAGUGAUUACUAAUAUCUGUAAGAGGCUUUUUAUAAAAUAACCAUUCUUAUUGUCAAUUGUUGGCCUUCACUAGUGCCUAGCUGCAGUUGCAGUCUACUUUCAUUGUAACUAACCACUGAUUUUUUUCUCCUUUUAAAAAUGCAUGAGGUAGGGAUGUGAAAAGUUAAGCCUUCCGUACCUCCUUUUUAGAACAAGUGUCUAAAACUUUGUCCGCACUUGUGAUGCUUAC